AUGGAUACGACCUCUCUAUCCGAUGGUCAAAAAAACCGUCAUCACGAAACCGAUUCGCCGCACGAGCGCCUGCCCGAUACAGAUACAGGGGCGCGGAUUGGUCGUGCCGAACGACACCCUCGAAUGAAAUCUCGGCCAAGAAGGAAUGAUGACGAGCUGGACGAACCUGCAUCGGAUCGUGAAGAGAUUAUCGUUGGCAAAUAUUAUCAACCAUCAGACGCCAAAUCGGCGUUUGUGGGAGAGGAUACGCCUCUUCACAUUGCAGUUCGCAAUGAAGAUUACGACGCAAUAACAAGAGCGCUACUUUAUGAGGGAGCAGAAAUAAAUGCCAGGGAUGCUAGCGGGAAGACAGCGCUUCAUAUUGCACUUGAGGACCGAAACCUUGGGUUAGUGGAAAGCUUGAUGCCGUUCAGCCCGGAUCUCGAGCUGAGAAGCCCCAAUGGAAUGACUCCUUUGCAUUCCGCUGUUACUACAGGAUGGGAACAAGGCACGAGGUUGCUCCUCUGUUACAACUUGGAUAUCAACGCGACGGACGCCGACGGGAAUACGGUAUUACACUUCGCCUGCUCCGCUGGUUACAAAGACGUCGUCAAGCUACUACUUGAGUCUGGUGCGAAUGUUCACAUUCGUAACUCGAAUGGAAGAACACCACUCCAGUUAGCUGUUGCGAGUCGUACCAGGCGGUUGCCAGAACUACUCUUACAAUAUGGAGCAAGCAUAGAUGAUGUACGCCGCAGAACGGAGUUGGUAAAUAAUGAUAAUAGCCAAGGUGUAACUAAGAGAGACCCAGAGAUUCUGGGCACAAAGCAAGAUGCAACCGAGGUAAACGAAGCAUCUGAUCUCGAUUCAGUUUUUGCCAAAUUCAGCGCAAAAUAUUGGGACGGGGUGCGUCGUGAUAAUGGCGAUGGCCUUAUCUUGGCUAAUUACGAUAGUCAUGACAUAUUCUUUGACGCCAAAGUGGAAUCGAUCCGGUUACUUAUGCACGAGGGCCAGGAGAUGCACGCAAUCCAGUUGAAGUUGAACUUCAUGAAACCGUUCUCAAACAGGAAUAGGAUACGUUAUGCCAAAGUGGACGUUAAGCUUGCCGUCUUCGACUCUGGAAACUUACCGCACAUUCACAGUAUAAUGCCACAGGCGGACCGGGUCGAAGUUUCGGAGCAGGAAAUAUCAUCAGGACAGACACUCACAGUUGGAGCAUCAGGAGGGGGGGGACCAUCAAACGUGAACAUCAGUAUGGAGGGCUCAAAAUCACGAAAGUCAACAUUCAAGGGCGUACGCAUCAUUCAUGGAGUCGUCAAGGAUCGGAUGCAUGCAUCGUGGCGCAUGUACGAAGAACCGGGCAGUCAAAGCGGAUUGCCAGAAAUUGUCCGGCUUCUUCUAGUUGUUCAGUGCAAGGUAGAGUUUGACGUAUGGUUGUCGAUGUCAGUAAAGGCUUGCCAUGCCUUUUCUUUUGGUAUUCCUCGGACGCUGGCUGCUAAAAGCAGGUCGCCAUAUCGAGUCCCGGAUGUGGCUACUGUGUUGAAGCUUGAACGAGCCAUGAAACUGAAGAACAUUCUCAAUGUCGCUGACCGCGCAGCUACUUCACUCGAAGAAGCGACAACGUUAGAAAGAGAGUUUGCCCGGUCGAUUAAGAAUCAUAGCAAGAAAGGCUUGAUCAUGAAGGCGGGAUUAUGGGUUGACUUUGUGCGAGAAUGGAGUAACAUUGCGGAUGCCUCCCGGGAGGGAGAUAUCACCAUAUUGCAUGACAAACUGAUGCAAAUGGAGGUCAACGAGUACAGGCAGCGCUUUGUCGAUGUCCAAAAUGAUGUCCACGCCAAACAAGACUCUCGAGAUCAUCAUCGCAGCAACAUCGAUCAGCGUCUCGCACAAGGUGAAGACGACAUCGUCGCAGACGUCCCCGCCUCCCGCACCCCGUCUCGCCGCCAGAAACAGUGCGACUGGGAACUCCUUAUGGACCAACGUAUCCUCGCCAAAAACGACAUUCGCCAGGACAUGGAGCUUGCCAAGCAACAACAAGAAAUUGAACGUCUAGAGCGACAGCUGGCUAAGAGCAGAGUGAAACAUCGUGACGAGGAUCGUGGCUGGGUCUCUCGUCGGAGUCUCGUCAAAGAGGAAAUUUGGGAGGACGAUCUUGCCGAGCGAUUGCGCAAACUUGACAUGCUAGAAGCGUCGAAGCGCACAGGAGAAGAACAAAAGCUUGCUGAUUAUCUUUCCAAGGUUAAGCGACUGGAAGAAAUUGAGGGGGAGCAACGCAUUGCAGAAGAGCAGAAGAUGGCCGAUUACCGUGCUAAAGUCAAACGGCUCGAAGAAGCGGAGCACAAGGCGGCUAAAGAAGAGGAAGCUCGGCGCCUGGCCACGAUUAAACGGCUAGAUGACAUGGUGCAAAAGACUGCCGAAGAAGAGGAGGCUAAACGUAUCGCACAAGGGGACUACUUGGAGAUUGAAAAGAAAGAGAAGAUCAAGGCUGAGAGGGACAGAAUCAUGAAGGAAAUCAAAGAUGAAGAAGCCCGCAGAGCCCGCGAAGCCUUGAAGGAGGAAGAAUGGGGAAAGGAGAUGGCUGAGCUCAAGAGACGGGCCUUUGAAGAAUGGCAACGGAUUGAGGAAGCUAGGGAACUGAAGGAGAUUGAGGAACAAAAGGCAAAGGACAAGGUGUUUAGGGAAAGGCUGAAGCUCGAGUCUGGGUAUAGCGAUGAGCAUCGUGGCCUAGUCCAAGAGGUCAUCAUAGAACCCGAAUAUAGAUCUUCACGGAUUAGAGAAACAACACCACGGAGAUAUCGCUCCCCAUCUUUCAGGCGGAGACGGAGCAAUGACUUCGAAGAUGUAGAGAAAUUCGACCAAAGGUACGGCCGGGAGACUGGUAGAAGCAUGGCUGUGGAUUUUCUGAGCAGAGAACGGCCGUACAACUCUCAAGCGAAGACCGCCAUGGAAUCAUUCUCAGCUGUAGGUCCGGGUUACAAAGUUUUGAGGUUAGCUUGA